CUGUCCGGCGCACGCGCUGUCUGUGGCUGGGGAAUUCAUGUGGAGGUCAGAGUGGAAGCAGUUUCCUCAUCUGUGUAGUCCUCUACUUCAUAGGGGUUGAUGUGAAGAUUAAAUACACCAAUUGCUGUUAGAAGACGGCCUAUUGUAAAGGUGUGAGUGGGUCCAGCCAAAGGAGACAUGGCUGCCAAAGUGUUUGAGUCCAUUGGCAAGUUUGGUCUUGCCUUAGCCGUUGCAGGAGGCGUGGUGAACUCUGCCUUGUAUAAUGUGGAUGCUGGGCACAGAGCUGUCAUCUUUGACCGGUUCCGGGGAGUGCAGGACAUUGUCGUAGGAGAAGGGACUCACUUCCUCAUCCCUUGGGUACAGAAACCAAUUAUCUUUGACUGCCGCUCUCGACCACGUAAUGUGCCAGUAAUCACUGGUAGCAAAGAUUUACAGAAUGUCAACAUCACGCUGCGCAUCCUCUUCCGGCCGGUUGCUAGUCAGCUUCCUCGCAUCUUCACCAGCAUUGGAGAGGACUACGACGAGCGCGUGCUGCCAUCCAUCACUACAGAGAUCCUCAAGUCCGUGGUGGCUCGCUUUGAUGCUGGAGAACUGAUCACCCAGAGAGAGCUGGUCUCCAGACAGGUGAGCGAUGACCUCACAGAGCGAGCAGCGACCUUUGGGCUCAUCCUGGAUGACGUAUCCUUGACGCAUCUGACCUUUGGGAAGGAGUUCACAGAAGCGGUGGAAGCCAAACAGGUGGCUCAGCAGGAAGCAGAGAGGGCCAGAUUUGUGGUGGAAAAGGCUGAGCAGCAGAAGAAGGCAGCCAUCAUCUCCGCAGAGGGCGACUCCAAGGCGGCGGAGUUAAUUGCCAACUCGCUCGCCACUGCAGGCGACGGCCUGAUCGAGCUGCGCAAGCUGGAGGCCGCGGAAGACAUCGCGUACCAGCUGUCGCGCUCCCGGAACAUCACCUACCUGCCCACCGGGCAGUCGGUGCUCCUCCAGCUGCCCCAGUGAGGCCCACACCUCCUGGGCCAGCUGGACCACAGCCCCGAAGUCGCUCAGCACCACCUUCCUUCUCCUGCCCCAGAAAUCACUGUGAAACUUCAUGAUUGGCUUAAAGUGAAGGAAAUAAAAGUAAAAUCACUUCA